AUGACUGAAGAAGAAACUGUUAACGAGAAUCCAGUACCAACUGAAGAUGAAGAUGCAGAAUUGUUAUCAAAAUUAAAACCACAACCAACAGAGGAAGAACUUGAAGCUGAAAGAUUGCGAAUUCAACAAGAAAAAGAAUAUAGACAAAUACAAUUCAAAAGCUAUCUUGAAGAAAAAGGCUUAAUGAAACAUUUAACAACUAUUCUUGUUCACUUUUAUGAAAAUUCUGACAAAGAUCAUCCAAUUGAAUACAUACAACAGUACUUUUCAACAAUGAACGGCGUUGAUAUCAAUCAAGUAUUGAAGGAGAACGCAGAAAUACAACAGAAAAUCGAAGAAGCCAAGAAAAAGGUUGCCGAUCUUCAAGCACAAAUGGCUGAAACCCAAUAA